ACCAUCGUUGCUGAGCGGUCCCCCUGCGCCUUCCUUGUUCCUUAGCUCCGUCAGCCACAAGAAGCGUCACCUGGUACUGCACAGACGGCACGCGGGACCACGCCCUCUUGACACUCGACCUCGCGCCUACAACCUUAUCCACUACGCCUCUGCUCCGCCAAACUCGACUCUGCACCCACCCCCUUGCUCCCAACACCAAAGCCUCCUCCCCACCAGCAAUCCGCGCAUCGCUUGCGGACCCCCUCCCUCACGCAUAACCCCAAACAAUGAGCCAGAACCGGCCAUCGGCCUUCUCAUCGCUAAGAAUGGGUGAAGUUAUCCGCGAAAAGGUCCAGGACGGCCUGACCGGCGACUACAAAGACCUCGCAUACACGCAGUGCAAGAUUGUCGGCAACGGCUCUUUCGGCGUAGUCUUCCAGACGAAGCUGUCGCCCAGUGGUGAAGAUGCGGCCAUCAAGCGUGUCCUGCAAGACAAGCGCUUCAAGAACCGCGAACUCCAGAUCAUGCGCAUUGUCCGACAUCCCAACAUUGUCGAGCUCAAGGCCUUCUUCUACAACAAUGGCGAGCGGCCACAGAAAGACGAGGUGUACCUGAAUCUCGUGCUCGAGUUUGUUCCUGAGACCGUGUACCGUGCUUCGCGCUACUUCAACAAGAUGAAGUCGGUUAUGCCCAUCCUCGAAGUCAAGCUGUACAUCUACCAGCUCUUCCGCUCGCUCGCCUACAUUCACUCGCAGGGUAUCUGCCACAGGGACAUUAAGCCCCAAAACCUACUGCUAGACCCUUCAACCGGAGUCCUCAAGCUCUGCGAUUUCGGAAGUGCCAAAAUCCUGGUCGAGAACGAGCCGAACGUGUCCUACAUCUGCUCCAGGUACUACCGCGCGCCUGAGCUGAUUUUCGGAGCCACAAACUACACCACCAAGAUCGAUGUGUGGUCCACAGGUUGCGUCAUGGCAGAGUUGAUGCUUGGACAGCCAUUGUUCCCGGGCGAGUCGGGUAUUGACCAGCUCGUAGAGAUCAUCAAGGUCUUGGGAACGCCUACCCGAGACCAGAUCCGCACCAUGAACCCCAACUACAUGGAGCACAAGUUCCCGCAGAUUAAGCCUCAUCCGUUCAGUAAGGUGUUCCGAAAGGCUGAUCCCAACGCGAUCGAUCUGAUCUCCAAACUGCUCGAGUACACGCCUACCCAGCGUCUUUCCGCUAUUGAUGCCAUGGUACACCCCUUCUUCGAUGAGUUGAGGGAUCCAAACACACGCUUGCCAGACUCGCGUCACCCCAACGGAGCGACUCGUGAUCUGCCUGAGCUGUACAACUUUACUCACCACGAACUUUCCAUUGCUCCUCAUCUCAACAAUCAGCUGGUACCGCAGCACAUCCGCGCGACACUGGCCGCACGUGGCCUCGACUUCGAAUCGCCGAACUUCAAGCCAUUAACGCGGGAUCAGAUGAUAGCAAGGCUAGAUUAAGCCCCUGCUAUCACGCGAAACGAUACCAUUCAUUCAUGCGGCGGCUUCUGAUCCUCUCUGGGCCUAAGCACAAAGCUUUUCC